AUGAAUGGCCCCGACAGCAACGCGGCCGCCCUCGCUGGGCCGUCUACGGAGGCGCGGCCUUUGAACGUGUCGGACGCGCUGGGGUACUUGGAUGCCGUGAAGCUCCAGUUCCAGGACCAGCCGGAUGUCUACAACCACUUCCUGGACAUCAUGAAGGACUUCAAGAGCCAAGUGAUCGACACCCCGGGCGUCAUUGAACGCGUCUCAAUGCUCUUCCAUGGCCACCCGAUCCUCAUCCAGGGAUUCAAUACCUUCCUGCCCCCUGGCUACCGUAUAGAACUCAACACCGAUCACUCUGACACUAUCACGGUAACAACCCCGAUGGGACAAAUGACACAAAGGACGACCAUGUACGGUAUACCCACCCUCAGCCGCGAGACCAUCAUUCAGCCAGGUCUGGUCCCGCCCUACUCUCAGCCACCUUUUGGCCUCCCCCCGCCUCCCGUGCUCCCGGUUGGCAUUGGAAAUGGCUCCCGUCCCGUUACUCCCAUACCCAUCCACGCGCCCCUCCACGCGCCACCCCACAUCGCCCAAGAGAUGCAGAGCAUCCGCCCCCCUCACUCGCAGUCUCCCGCGCUGCAGGGGGGACGCGACGAUGCCGCGCUCCUGGGAAGCCUCAACACGCACCAGGCGGACCGACAGCAGAACGGCGAGUUCCACCACGCGAUCAACUACCUCAGUAAGAUCAAAAACCGAUACCACGACGACCAGCAGACGUACAAGCAGUUCCUCGAGAUCUUGCAGACGUACCAGAAGGAGCAGCGGCACGUGCAGGACCAAUCACAAGUCUAUGCGCAGGUUCAGAUGUUGUUCAAGGACGCGCCUGACCUCAUGGACGAAUUCAAGGACUUCCUGCCUGAAGUUGUGCCUCCCACACACCCGGCGGGCCUUGUAGGCAUCCUCCCUCAGCCAACAGGGGGACCAGGCGUGUCCGGCUCGUUCCCCCCGCCCGAGCCACCCGUGGCGGAGAAGGGCGCGAAGCCACCGCCGAAAAGGAGGAAACGGCCCGAGAAGGACACCGCCGCAGCGGCGAAGGCCCCCGGUGGUCGAGCCGCGAAACGUCCUAGGACGACGAAUGCGAGGGCGGAACCAGCCUCGCCGAAGUUUUCGCCGUACCAGGUUCCGCCAUCUCCUCAGCUCGUCAACAUGCAUAUCCAGCAAGCGUCGACGCCAAUGCAUCAGCCGAUGCACCCUCACUCCAUCCAUCCACCGAGCCCGGGUCCAAUGGGCGCGACCCCCAGCAACACUCAAGAUGAGCUACUCUUCUUCGAUCGUGCCAAGAAGGCACUCGAGGGCGGUGGGACGUACGACGAGUUCCUCAAGUUGCUGAAUCUCUUCUCUCGGGACAUCAUCGACACCAAGACCCUAGUCGACCGUGCGGAAGUGUUCCUUGGUGACGGGGACCUGUUGAUGCAGUUCAAGGACCUACUCAGCUGGGAGGACAGGAAGGUCGAGGAGAACGUUCCGCCAGGCAGCAUGCGGACCGCUCCCCCAGAAUACUAUGCGCUUCUCCCACCGGAAGAUGGCCAGGGUCCUAGUUACCGCCGACUGCUGGACACUGAGAUCCGCAUGGCAUGCUCAGGGCGCGACCGGCUCUGUUGGUCUGUCCUCAACGACGUGUGGGUCUCGCAUCCCACAUGGGCGUCCGAGGAGGCUGGGUUCAUGACGCACAAGAAGAAUCAGUUCGAGGACACCCUGCACAAGAGCGAGGAAGAGCGCCACGAGUUCCAGGUGCAGAUCGAGGGGCUCACGCGCACUAUCGCGACCCUCGACCCCAUCGAGGCCCGUAUAGAGACCAUGUCCGCCGAGGAACGGGCUGCGUUCCGGCUCAAGCCUGACCUGGGCGGGACCGCGCGUGCGAUCUACGAGCGGACGAUCAAGAAAAUCUACGGCAACGACGCGGGCAACGAGGUCCUUCGCUCGCUCCAGGAGACCCCAGCGGUGGCGGUCCCUGUUGUCCUUGCCCGCCUCCGACGCAAGGACGACGAGUGGCGGCGGGCGCAGCGAGAAUGGAAUCGGACCUGGCGCGAGGUGGACGCAAAGAACUUUUACAAGGCGCUCGACCAUCAAGGGAUCACGUUCAAGCAGAACGACAAGAAGUACAUCACCGCAAAGUCGUUCGUUCUCGAAAUUGAGAACGCGAAAGCCGCGCAGCUCCGAAAGCGCGAUGGAGCCGGGAAUAGCAAGGUCGGCGGCGGUGCGGGCAGUUCUCGCGGGUCGAGCGGCUCGCCGCCGUCUACUGUGGCCGGGUCGUCGACGCGUCCGCUGGGAUAUCAGCUGCAGUACCAGUUUGAGGACGUCGGUGUCCUGCACGAUGCGGUGAAGUUGGUCUUCUCGUACCUCGACCACUCGCCGCAGCAGUUUGGCCCGCAGGAGCGGCGGGCCAUCGAGAAGUUCCUGCGAUCGUUCAUCCCUGUUCUAUUCAUGUUCCCUCCGCACGAGUUCAACAGCGCGUGCGGGCCGCUGGCGCCUGGCCACGACGAGGAUCCCUCCGAAGCACAAUCAACCUCCAUCGAUGACGAGCCGGCAAAGACGGCCUCGGGCGGCGCGAAGCAGCAGCCGGGGCAGGAGGGCGUCUCGGCGCAGGACCUUCGGACGCGUCUUCUAAAGACGGCUCGGGAGAACGCGCAGGACGGCGGUCAGGAUGGCGCGUCAUCGAUGGUCACCGGGUCCACGUCCCCCAUGGCUACUGAUAGCCCGAAUGAAGGCACGGCCUCGAACGUAAACCACCACACGGUCGGGGGCGAGGAGGCAGCGCACCAUCCCGAUGCCCGCACUAAUGCCGAAGAUAUUUGGGUCAGAGAAUUGAACGCGAGCGGGACCCAGGGGGCUGGCGAGACGCCGCUAACGCGGCGACCGUUCUUUGCUGGCACGACGUUCUAUACUCUGCUGCGGCUAUUACAGUUACUGUACUCACGCCUCCUUUCCUGCAAGAAGAUAGGCGCGAAGAUGGCUGCGGAGAAACACGCUUCGCUGCUUUCGAAUCCUGUAGCGGUCCACCUCGGAUUGGACGAUCCCAGUGGACCGUCGGUCGUGCUCAAACAGGCGAUGGAGGCGUUCGGAAGCAUUCAGGAAGGAGACGAGGUGCCAAACGUGCUAUAUUCGUACUUGCUUGACGCGUGCGAAAAGGUGUUCGAGAGCGAGCUAGACCAGGGCACGUUCGAAGAGCAUAUGCGGUGGUUUUUCCGCACGAAGGCUUACAACGUCUUCACGCUGGAUCGGGUCAUUGGGGCGAUCAUUAAACAGGUUCAAACCGUGCUGGGCGACAACAAGUGUCAGGAGCUUUGGUACCUUCUGCAGCAUGCGCGAAGCGCGGACAAGGCCACGACGCAUGAUGUGAUCAGAUACCGGAGAGAAGCGGAACGCAGUGUUGGAUCUGACGAGAAGCUGUAUCGUUUCGACUGGGACGUGGCAUCGAAAUCGUUGAGAAUUCAGCUGAUGGGUCCAGAAGACCCGAGCGUGGACGAAGAUGACUGUGCGCUUGGACGCUGGCGGGCGUACGUGGCAUCGUAUGUAAUGGUGCACCCGACGGAAUGGGUGUCAGCUGGGAGCAGUUAUGGGCCCGUCUAUCUAAAGAGGUAUGUUGCGGAUGUUGGGGAGGAAGGGAAGAACAGCGUCGUGCAGGAGCAGCGAGAGAUGGGGGUGCAGAUCCAGUCAUCGUCAUACAAGAUCAUGUUCGAGCGAGGGCGGGAGGACGUGCUAUGGCGGCGGAGGGGGGACGAGGAGAUGCGCGUCUUGGGGGAGCGGGCAGUCGCGCGAGAGGACGAGCGCCGGCGACGGGCAGGACGAGUGCUAGAGCGGUGA